AAUAGAUGGCGCAAGGAUCGAAUUAGAGAUUCCAUUCUUAUGGAAUCGGGCGAUUUGAUUUUGCAAUUAAUUUACAAUUAACAUCGAAGCAAUUUACGUUCUCGCCUUCGUUCUCAAGGCACAAUCACGUACAAUUUCAAGACCCUCGAAAACAAAGACACGUACAGUCUUGUACAGUCUUGUUGGAUGUUCAUAAUUUAUUACAUAAAACCUGUUGCACUGUGAUGAAAAUGACUACAGAGGAAGACUGGGACGUAGAACGGUUAAAGGCAGAACACGAAUCUGAUGAACAUUGGGAACUUAGACGUAAAUUUCUUUUAGCUCAUAAAGAUAAAUUCCCAGAAGAUGAACUUGUUUGUUUGGCUCAAGUAUUUACUAAUGUCGAAUUGCUUGGCUGCAGAUAUCCAAAAGAGACAAUGCAAUUAAUAGCAGAAUUAGCUAAAGAUAUUGUUGGAGAUUAUAGAGAGAAACAGAAGACUAAGUUACAAAGAACAUUUGUGAAAGCUUCAGAUGCUGCUAGUUCAAAGGUUAAAGGACUGAAUGCCCGAUCAUCUACCAAUAAAGUUAAUACAGAAGUAGAAUUAGAAAGUACAAGCUCCACUGUUGAAUCUACAACUAGCAAAGUACCCGUUAAACGAAUAAAAUUACAAGAACCACCAUUUGGUGAUAUCGUAUUGGUAGAGAGACCUAAGGAUGUACCACAGAAUAUAAUUGCUUGUGCAAUUAAUGCCUCGGGCAAUGAUUUAGAAUGGAAAUUUAAUAAAAUCAGUAACUUUUUUAAAUGCACUAUUUUUAUCAACUCAAAGCCAUUGGCAGAAGCUUCUAAUUGUAAUCAGAAAAUGGCAAAGAAAGAAGCAGCUAUUAUUGGAUUACAAGAACUAAAAAAAUAUUAUUAUACAAUUAAGAUUAAGCAAAAUAUAAAUGAAGAUUCCAAUGUAACUACAACAACAAUGGUAAAAGCAACAGUAACAGAGGAGUCAAUUUCUGAUGAUAAUAUUGGAAAAAAAUUAAUGAAAUUAAUGGGUUGGACGGGUGGAGGUCUCGGUAAAUCGCAACAGGGAAUCGUGGAACCUAUCACUGUUAAGCAACAGAUCAGCAGAGAAGGACUAGGACUAAAGUCAAAUUCUUCCUCACUGAAUCACGUAAAAUAUAAAUCUAGACACAUUAUGAAAAAGUAUUUGGCAGGUGACAUGAGAACUGAUUUGGUAUUCUCUGCAUUUACAAAUGAAGAGAGAGCUGCAAUCCAUGUGAUAGCAAGACAGUUGGGUUUGAAAUCACACAGUUAUGGUCCUAAGGAUCAACGAACAUUGGUAAUAUCUCGUAAAAUAGAUGUACGAAAUUUGGUGGACGAAUUAAAAAGUCUUGGAGGGAUUACCAGCAAAUACGAAUUGAUCGAACCAACUGAAAUGUAAAUGAAAAAAUAUACCUAUUUUUCUGUCUUUUCUAUUCAUAUUAUUUCUUGGUCUGUUUUUAUACCUGAACCGAACAUUUAAAUAAAACAUUUUGUCCACUAAAUUCAGUAUGAAUCAUUUCUUUUGCGGCAUAGCCCAAUGUGUUUGGAAAGUAUUACUCAUGUUGAUUUCAUGAGAUUUUAGUCGAAUAAAAAAAAAAAAAAGAAAACUUUAAUUUU